AUAACUUGGCAACGAAAUGUCUGAAUUCGUUGACCUUGGUUGAUAAAAUCAAACAGAUCGAGCAAAAGCUUACCACUACCGCCACUACUGUAUACCUCUUGAAUAUACGCUUAUCACGUGAAGAUUAUGGAGCAAAAAUCGCUGCCAAAGGACAGGAAAAAAUCAAUGAUUUUGGUAAUCGGCAUCGGCACUCACCCGCGCUUUAUUGGAUGGUAGAUUCAAAUCGGAUCGCAAUAAUCGUGGCCUUCAGUCAACGAUUAUGGGUUCGUUCAAAUAUCACAUUUCUCCCUGCGCUACUGUCACGUGAUAGGGGGAAAUGCAAAUUCAGCAUCAACGCGGACCUUUACGCGGACCGCAAUACGAAGACUGAAUAAACUGACCUUCAAAAUUCAGAGCCCACCCCUUGCUGAUACCCUACAAUGCAGGCCACGCGGCUGAUGCAGUAACAACUUUACUGCAACGUCGUUAUAUCACCAUCAGCUGCUCGUGCCUGCAAUUUUUAUUUUUAGAUCUCUCAUAAGGCAUAUCGAGCAUUUCCUACCUACAAUUGCAAAAAUUCAUCCUCAUCCAUCUCCACACACCAUCUCCUAAAAUAUAAUGGUCGAUUCAUUCAUUUUAUGAUCAAAUAAUAUUCAAUAAUCGCCACUCGAUACGACAUGACGGUAAAAUAGGUUGAUAUCCCCUUACAGUACCACGCGCGUUGUAUAAUAUGCAUCAGCUCAAUUGAUGAUUCUUCAUGUAUUUGAGAUUAACGAUAGUUGGAUAAAGAUGAAAAGGUGCCUGUGAACUCCCUAAUUCAUAGGUGUAAUUCAUAUUAUUACUGCACGAACAGCUAGUUGAGGAAUAAUUAUGAGCUUGCGCACUACGUAGGGGUAAAGCGAAAUAAAGCAGAGCCGUUCGUGGUACGGCCAGCAGGGGUUGUAUAGGCGCGGCUGAAAAUCGCUCACAUUAAUUGAACAGAUUUGAGGGGAAUCAAAGGUAUCGACUGCCUCUAUAAAUCAAGUGCAUCCAUCUGUGUCGAUGACGUCUAUAUCUACGAUUAUUGUGAAUCAUUUUGUGGGAUAAACUAUUCCACGAUUUGCACACAAAAAUAUUUAUCCUUACAAAAUCAUAUCGCACCCCCAGCGCUGUACCCCUGAUGCAAAGGCAUGCGCCGUAUCGACAAUAUCGGAUUUAAUGGAUCGGAGCGCGCAGAUUUUUAUGCGUUUCUCGCUAUGCCUGGCGGUAACGAGCUUUCCAACUACUUUGCAAGAGGAGUCGACGAUAUCAAGUGGAUCGAUUAUCUGCCCUACGGAAUGCAUUUGCUUAUCUCCGACGCAGGUACUCUGCAAUACAGGCGGAUUAGUAGAGAUUCCUACUCUUCAGUUACCAACGACGCUCGAAGAUCUGUCCCUUACUAAAAAUGAUUUUCCCGUAAUAAAGACGGAUGCUUUCGCUGGACUUCGAGGUCUCCGCAAGCUCAGCUUAGAUGGAAAUAAUAUAUCGUCCAUAAAGCCCUUCGCCUUCCGCGGUUUGAAUAAGAUGCGAGAGCUUUCCAUCCAGCACACCCCGCUAGGUUUUAUAGGUCAGUUUUCUUUUGCUGCUCUGCAGAAUGUUACGCUAUUAGUAUUAGCUUAUAAUAAAAUAAAAUAUGUUGAGGGAUAUUCUUUUGCUGGGACAUCAAAUGUGAAAUUAAUUCUUUUGAGCAAUAAUCCUCUACACUCUAUACAAAGCAACGCAUUUUCCGGGCUAACUAAUGUCGAUCAUUUAAUACUUCCGUCCGGUAUUCGAAUUAUUGAGCCAGAUUCUUUUAAUGGGCUACAACAUGUUGGUUUACUUAAGUUAACUUUUAUGGAUCUCACCAGUUUAUUGCCCUAUACUUUUCGAGGGCUCAGCUUUGUUCAUGUGAUCAAUAUUCAAGAGAGCGAUCUUGGGGCCAUACGAAAGGAUGCCUUUUCUGGCCUUAGUCACAUCAAUAAUCUUAAUAUUUUAAAUAAUAAGAUCGACGUUAUAGAACAACUGUACCUAACAUCAGAUCGCGCGAUAAAUAUUUUGAGAUUUCAUGGCAAUCAUAUUUUGGAAGCCCCACGAGCAGGGGACACUAUAUUGCAAGUUAAUACUAUUAGUGCAAUUAACAAUCAUUUCCCAUGUGAUUGCCAAAUACAUAACAUUCUAGAAAGUGAUUUCGCCAGUAAUUCUUCUACAGAGUUUCAACAACACAAUUACUGUAUUUCUCCAAUUGAAUACAACGGAAAAUCUAUGAGCUUUGUCGAUUCAGACAUCAUUGCGAGAUGCCAUGAGAAAGUCGUUCAAGAUAAUCUAGGUUCUGGAGCAGUAUCUUCAUUGUCAAUAGUACCGUUCCAGAUCACUAUGUUGAUAACUUUUGCCAAAUUUUUAUAGAACGAUACUUUGUACUUUGUACGCUUUAUGAUCUGCUUCUCAAGCUAUGAAUAUCAAAAUCUGCAUUUUCUAACGAACGAACUCAUUGUAUGUGAGUGAUCAAGUAUCCAAAUUUCUUGCAUACGAUGAGGAAAAUUGUGCAGUGUCCAGAAAGUAAAUGAAAUUUAUUGUGAUAGUAUAUACUGUACUUGUAAUUCAAUAUGUUAAUCAGUUGAGUCCGAUAGUAGAUCGCAAUUUGGUCGAUUUCUAUAGAUAAAAUUCAUCCAAGAUAUAAAAUAUGUAAGUCAUCCGAUAAAAUGAUAAAAAUUGUUUAAGACUGGCGAGCAUUCAACUAUAAGAAUACAUAUAAGCUUUGAAGGUUGUCGUGUAAGUGUUUAAAAGUAUCAUCGAAUCAUUGUCACAUAAUCGAAUAUUUUUAAUAUGUAUCAUAAUUCAUUUAUUUUUCAAAAGCUUCCGCUAUUUCGAACAAACGUAUAAGUGGAUAAUGAUGAUCUAGAAAAAUAGGCAAUUUUCGAAGCUUGAUUUUAGGAAAUGGAUUGGGAUCGUCUAGAUAUGGAUCUCCUUUUUGCCAUAAACUUGAAUGAUUAUGAAACUAUAACUGAUGAACAAUUAUGUGCCAAAUUGGGCAUAAAUUCAUAGUGGCCAGUCUGAUAUAACGCAACGAAACGUAUCAUGCAAAUAUCUUCGAUAUAAGAAUCUUAUCCAAUUUUUUCUCGUGCUUUCCAGAGUCACUAUAGUCAUUACGUUAGAAUGAAUAAUGGCGAACAUGUAUUCACAUAUUAUUUGAACCAUUUGAUUGACGUACUAUCGAUAGCAUAAGUUGAAUACACUUACCUUAAAUGUAGCUAAUCGCAUUCACUUUUUCGACAUAAUAUCAAAUGGUUACAUCAAAAAACAAGUCAAUUAAAGUUCAAACUUAAAAAAAAUUUAGAGAAAUUGAUAAAAUUGCUGCAGUCUAGCCAUUUUUAUGCCCAAAUAUCGUGUAUACGUCACUUGAUCAUUAUCAAGAAUAGUUAAGUAAGAUGUUUAUGAAAAAUCAAGAAAAAUAUAAUAGAAUGCUCAAUUACUCGCCCGAGAAUCUCUCCACUUCGUACUUUUUCUGAAUUCAAUUUUCCGGGACCCGCGGUGUCGACACUUCCGAACUUACCUCAGAUUCGUCAAGUUCCAUUUCCUAAGUAUCAGGGACAUGGGAUUUUUCACUGAAUAUCCAUGAAUAAUGUAACUGCGGGGGACCAAUUAGAUUGAUGAUUUUGGGACGUCGUUUUAUUUUCCAUAAUCUUUCAACGGUAUGUCAUGUAAAUCAAUAUUUGCUGUAUUGCAUGUCCCGGCCAAGCAUCGACGUAGAAUUAUCAGUCGGUUAUCAUUAAACAAAAUUUUUUCCAAACUGUGUUCUCGAUUGACAUUGAACGCUAUAAUAUUUAGGCAGAUACAAUAUCCUAUUGUGAGAUCAUUGUAAAUUUGACUAGUGCUUGUAAUUAAAAAAAAAACUACAUGGAUGUA